AUGUCUCCUCCAGUUUACAGCGAUAUCUCCAGAAAUAUCAAUGACCUAUUGAACAAGGAUUUCUAUCAUGCUACCCCAGCUGCCUUUGAUGUGCAAACAACAACCGCCAAUGGCAUUAAGUUCUCAUUGAAGGCUAAACAGCCUGUCAAAGACGGUCCACUGUCUACUAACGUGGAAGCAAAGUUGAAUGACAAGCAAACCGGCUUGGGUCUAACUCAAGGCUGGUCUAACACAAACAACUUGCAAACCAAAUUAGAGUUUGCCAACUUGACCCCUGGUCUAAAGAACGAAUUGAUCACUUCUUUGACUCCAGGCGUCGCCAAGUCCGCCGUCUUAAACACUACGUUCACACAACCUUUCUUCACCGCAAGAGGUGCCUUUGACUUGUGUUUGAAGUCACCAACAUUUGUUGGUGACUUAACUAUGGCCCACGAAGGUAUUGUUGGUGGCGCAGAGUUUGGUUACGAUAUCAGCGCCGGUUCCAUUUCUCGUUAUGCCAUGGCUUUAAGUUAUUUCGCCAAAGACUACUCCUUGGGCGCUACAUUGAACAACGAGCAAAUAACUACCGUUGACUUCUUCCAAAACGUCAACGCCUUUUUACAGGUCGGUGCUAAGGCUACAAUGAACUGCAAACUACCUAACUCCAAUGUCAACAUCGAAUUCGCCACUAGAUAUUUGCCUGAUGCAUCUUCCCAAGUUAAGGCUAAGGUGUCCGAUUCCGGUAUUGUCACUUUGGCUUACAAGCAAUUGUUAAGACCUGGCGUCACUCUGGGUGUCGGUUCCUCUUUCGAUGCUUUGAAGUUGUCUGAACCUGUUCACAAGCUAGGUUGGUCUUUGUCCUUCGACGCUUGA